AUGCUUCCAAUUCAUAUGGAAGACGACGAUAACACCAAUGACGAACCGAUAAAAAUACUGGACUCGGAUGGAAGGUACGUCAUAAAACUUUUUGUUUUUUUCGGUUCUGUUCUUCAAGUUCUUCCUCUGGAGAUCCGAGUCUUGUGUGGAGCCCCCCCUCCAUUUCGCCUCUCGUAAUCCAUUAAUUGUCGGCCAUUAGUCAGCUGUCUGUUUUUGAAGCAGAUAAUGUCGUUGUGUUGUUCGCAAGGAGGAGGGCAUCGCCUGUAACGACUUCUUUUUUUUUACAACAUUCCGUUCCGCUCACAUUAUUUAUCGCUUCCUCACUCCUACUCGUUGCUCACAAAUCGAAUUUCUCAAGAUUAUUACUAGCUAGUAGCUACAUAGAUCGUACAGUAACUCAACUCUUUCGCUCUUUCGCUCUUUCCUCAUAAAUCUCCAUCAAAAGGUCGAUGCGAAGGCCCGGCGGGGCCGCUUGGCGGAGCAUCACUCCUGCCACAUACGCAAUAUGUGUUUUGUUGUAACGAAAUAAUGUUUCAUUGUUUCGUCCUGCCGGGACGGGCCACACAAUGAUUAAUGAGGUUUUGUUAGACCCCCCCCCCCCCUCGCCCUUCUGUCAAUCAGUGCACUUGUGAUAACAAUGCGAGACGAAACGACUUCCUCCUCGUCUUCUAUCUCUACCUCUAACAGGCGGUCGACAACAAUAACAGACGAGUGUGAGAUGGUGAAUCUAAUAGUGAAUCCACGGCCUAGACCGUCUAUCAAGAAGCAGUAAGUGGAUUUGAUUUGAUUUGCAUUUCAUUUUCCAAAUUGUGGUCAAAAGGAAAACAUCCGGUGGCAGGGGUUGGCUUGAAAUCGGUCACUUUCAGAGUUGAGCGGAAGAACACGGAAGAAUUUUUAUCUUUUUUAGAAAAUUUUUUCAGGAAAUGUGAUCAACUGACGAAAUGUAUAACAAAGUGAACUCUGCUCAUAGAAAAAUAAUUGUAAAUUUAGCGUUUCAUACAAAAAAGUUAUUCGAGUUGUUGUCCUUCCGUCUUUCGUUAGUCCUUUUUUCACGGAACAACUCGAAUAACUUUUUUGUAUGAAAAGCUAAAUUUACAAUUAUUUUUUUAUGAGCAGAGUUCACUUUUCUAUACAUUUCGUCAGUUGAUCACAUUCCAUGAAAAAAUUUUCUAAAAAAGAUAAAAAAUUCUUCCGUUGAGUUCUUCCGCUCAACUCUGGUCACUUUGCAAAACUGGUCAUGGACUGCGCAUUGGGCUACUGUAACUUGUCGCUAGUCAACCACCACUACACGUCUACGAGGCCCCCCCAAAAACGACGAUCUUCUUUGCGAGUACAUCCUCCUUCCACUGCUCCAUUUCUAUUUUAUCAUUCAUGCUCUCCCUUCCCCACACCAUCUACUUCAUAACUUUUUUUUGUCUUUUUUCUUCUACUCUUUUUCGCCUUUCAUUCGCCCCCCCCCCCUGUCUAGAUGAGGUGAAAAGAGCAGUGAGCUCAUUAGAGAAAGCUGCCCGGCUUCUCCUAAUUAUGCUCCAACUUUUUCCUCUUCUUCUUCCUUUCCCGUCUCAAUCGUCGUUUUUUUUCCAGGUUUGUCAACAUCAACGAACUUGAGGAGAUAUGCGAAAUGGGCUCAUUUAAAGAUCGAUUUGAGAAAGUGAGUAGCUUCUUAUUUGGCUCAAGAGAAGAGACAAACACAAAAACAUGGUCGUAAGUCAUGAGGGAUCAACUUUCUGCCAAUUCUACCCCCUAUACCUAAUUCCUUCCGGAAGACGAUGAUGAUGACGAUGAAAAAUGGUCAUGACUUUCUAAAUCUUUGACGGCGCUUUCAGAUCCAAUAGCAAGGCCAUUUGAAAAAUAAAACGAUGGAAUACAUGAACUAGACGUCAAAGAGCUCUCAGCUUUUUAGAUGGGUCAUUGAGAAAUCCUGAAGUCUGGCACCGAAUCGGCCACCAGCUUUUGGAAACCUGCAAAACUUCCUCCUCCUUCACCGCGCAUUCGUUCCCUAAAGAUUUAUUAUCACAUCAUAAAAAAGUGUGCUCUUUUCCUUCUCGCACAACUAUUUUUCAUCUAUUCUCGGUCCAGAAAGAACACGCUAUUGUGAUGUUUUUUGGUCCGACGAUCAUCACUGUUUCUAAAUUCAUUGCCUUUUGUGGUGGCGACUGAUCUUGAAUGAGAGAGUCAAAGAGUCAAGGAUAAACUCCCUAAGAGCCUAAUCUCAAACAAACACUUUUCAUGACGACGCGUUUCUUCGCUUGCACACCAAGUACAUAUGAAACUAGACACCCCCCCCUUCAGUUCUUCGAUUCAUGCAUAAACUGCGUGGUGUGAAAACGUUUGGGUGCAGUGUGCAAUUCGAUACUCACUCACUCACUUCAUCACCAUCACCACCGGAUUAACAAAACACUUUGGUAGGGUGUACUUGUGUAGCAAGAAGUUGGCCUCGAGGGUGGUUAAUUGGAGAUUGGCUUAGAAAAGGGGCGGGGGGUACUAAUUCAAUUGAAAGGAAGAGGGGGGUCUUGUGAUUUUGCGGAUUGAUUCUAAACUGUUCCACUUUCCCACAUUUGCCUCAAAAAUGCGAUCAACAAUUCUGGGUUCGGUGUUUGUUUUCCCUUUGUUUUUCAAAAAACCAAUAAUACAUUAUCACCACCGAGGAUUAUACACUCAAUCACUUGGAGUGGAAAAAAGCAAAGGGAUUUACAUAGUUGCUCGUUCUUUUUCGUCUUCUCCGUCUUCAUCGUCCUCGUUGGCAACAUGGACCCGUAGUGGACAGCGGACGUCUUCUGAACUCCGCCCCUUUGGUGGGAAACGCGGGAGCGCUCUUUCUCUCUCUCUCUCUCUCGUGGCGUUUCACAACUUUGUGUUUGGGUGUGUGUGUGUGUACUCCAUUCCUAUUCUGGAAAAAAGCCGACCGUCAAUGUGUGUGUGACGAGCGCGUAUUCUGAAACUGUCUGCUCAAAAUGGUGUUCCAUUCGAGGUCGGCGAAGGUGUCGAAGAAGAAAAUUGAUUUGGCCAAGGUCAGUUUAAGAUUCUGAUUCUAUGAAGUUCUUCUCAAAGUGUCUUCACAUUCUUCCUGAAGCUGACUGCUAGUACACGUCCUCAGCCGCCUCAAAAAUUGCAAACUAGGAACAGGUCAACCGACUAUCAAAAGUGUCCUUGAAGCGUAUUUUGCUGCGCCGUCGAGGCUUAGUGCACACACAACACGUCCCAAACUCGAUUUAAAGUCCGACUUUUGUCUCCUCUCCUAAUCCGUUUGAAAUGAAAUCGCCGCGCGGAUCCUCCUCUGCUAAGAGCGACCUUCUUCGAAGUUCCGACAAAAAAGCGGGGGGAUGUUCGUCUAGCUGCCGCUCCAAAAAUUUAUCAUGUCGCACAAAUUGCGGCUUGAUUAGAUGUCGAGAUACGCGGCCGAGUCUUCAUUCUGUUUUGACGUACCAGAUCUCUCUCUCUCUCUAUCUUCGAGGCCCCACAGUUCCCCAGGGACCGUCGUCGAAUCGCCCAAAAUUCCUUCAGGGUGUUCAGUUCUUUGCCGUCAAAUAUGAAACAAUUGGGUGCUCUCUCUCUCUCUCUCUCUCUCUCUCUCUUUUUCGAGCCGUCCACUGAACAUUGGAUUCCUGAGAGCACCCUCGGGAGAAGGACGGCCAAUGUCAUUCGAGUAUCGCUUUUGGAAUGGGUUUGUGACAAAGUGUGUCACACUUAUUUACUACUAACGGUCCUCCAAACUUUUUGCGAUUCUUUGACCACACGACAACAACUGGGCUGGUCCUAAUCUAGUUAGAGAGGGAUUUGGGGGGCAGUUCCACUUCCUCUUCCCUUUCUUCAAGUCACCGACCGACAAUAUUAUCCGUUUCCGUUUCCAGUUCAAACCCUAUCUUCUCAACGCGGGUAUCGUGCUCUUCGUCGGAAUUUACGUCUAUGUGGGCGCACUUCUCAUCCAGUACAUCGAAAAAGUUCCAGUCAAGGUGGGUGAGCGUUCGGCUCGCCGAAGAAGAUCAAUGUCACGUUUCAGAUGGAAGAAUCGUUUCGACUGCGGAGGCACAGUCGCGAUGAUGAGAUGCCACCAAUUGUUCCUUGUGAGUUUCUGGCAUCGAAUGCUUUGUGAUCCUCCGGGGGGCUUUGCAACAAACUACAGAGCACGUGUUGGCAAAAAAAAGAGAGGGAAACGGAGGGGAAGGGAUGUGAUGACAUAUGACUGAGAUUAAACCGGCGCCGUGUGUCUUUGUCCGCUGGUGUGGUGUCGGGCCUAAACGCGUUUUAAAAAGUUGACCUUCUUUCAGUGGAUCGCUCCAAAGAAUGCGUGCUGCGAGCUCUUCGCAAAAUGGUGCAAAUCUCAAUGGGCAAUUGUACUUCUCUUCAAAACAACGUGACACUGCUAGACGCAUGCUACGCGUCAGACCUUCGGAAUCUGGAGGCGAUUUAUGAGAGCAAAAGUUCAGAAGGUCAGUAAGGUUUUUUUGGAAAGGCACUGGGGUUCACCACUCCCCCCGAAGAAAGCGGUUAUUUUACUGCUUCUCCCCAAGGUAUUGCAAUAUUUCGGCUAGUCUUUCGCUCUUUUUCGCCGACGAGUCAGCCAGUUCUUCGAUCAUAUCGAGAUUUGACUUCAACACAUUUUUUUUUGUCUGCCGCUUUAUGUGUCCGAAAACCGGUCCCCGGAGGCUCGAGAUUUGGACACAUUUUCAUGUGAUGAGCUAUGAUUAUCAGCACAAUUUUUCAAGACGAAGCCAAGGAAACAAAGGCGGCGGUCGCUUUGAAGAAGUUUGAAGUUGUGGACGGAUACGAGCAGUGGACCAAGACGGACGCUAUCCUUUUCUGUUUCACCGUCAUCACUACUAUCGGUUUGUGGGGGUUCCAACUCAAACUCAACUCUUCCUGUUUCAGGUUACGGUAACGUAGCUCCUCAAUCGUUUUGGGGUCGCGUGUUCGUCAUUAUCUACGGUACAAUCGGCAUUCCAACGGCGAUGAUGGCGAUCGCAAACGUCGGAAAGUUUUUGGCAACCCUACUGAAGUCGUGGACACGACCGUUUUUGCUCAUGUGCCGGAGGAUGAAGAAGAAAAUGAGAAGGAAAGAUCCGAACGGGAAUGAAGUGAAAGAGACGCAGAGGCUGAUGGAGAACUCGAAAAAGAAGGCGAAAAAGAUUGAAGAUGACAUAUCAUCGCAUGAAGACGAAGAAGCGGAAGAGGACGUCGAGGAGAGUGAUGGUAAGUUAACAGGGAACGUCAAGUUAGGCGCCAGUUUCUAGGUCAGACUUCAAAAGAAAAAGAAAACGAAAAACGCGGAGAUAAAGAUGAGGACAGUGUGAUUACCAGUAAGUGUUGAGCAGCAGCACAUCUCUCACUCACUUUCACGUCGUUUUGCGCUCAUUUUCUUCACCACUUUUCUGCUCAAACACUGACACCAGACUUUGAUAUUGUAAGCUCAUUUUUUGCAGUCACUGAGACCAUCGUCUUGUUUGUCGCCUUUCUCAUCUACAUCAUUGCCGGAUCGCUUUUGAUGAGCUAUUACGAAGAGGGAAUGACAUUCGGACUCGCCAUCUACUUCAACUUUGUCACUCUCACAACCAUUGGCCUCGGCGAUCUGGUGCCACAGUCCACCGAUUGGCUCGUACGUUUUCUAGGCAAUAUUGGAGCAGGUAGACGACGACUGUUUUGUAGUUUGUGACACUGGUAUACUGUGCGAUCGGGCUUGCACUCACCACAAUCGCAAUUGAAAUCGCUGCCGACACACUGAAAAAGUUGCAUUACUUUGGAAGAAAGUUGGACAAUGUGCACAAUGUGCAGAUUUGGUUUGGAGGUCAAAAGUGAGUUUACUCGUAGUGCAAAAAUCCGUACAAUUUUUAUAGACUUUCUAUGAAAGCUCUAGUCAAAAACCUCGGCGAUCAACUCAAUGUGCCAGUCGAAGAACUCGAGAACCUGGACCUGGCCAAGUUUGUCGACGACGCCAUCAAAGUGGAAGCCGGCGAACUGGCCACACUCAGGGUUAGCCCCUUUAUGCCAGUCAUCCUCAAACCUCGCCUGUCGCUUCGUUUCAGAAUGAUCGUGCGUGGAUGAACUCGAACUAUUGGCGAGCAAUCGAGAGCGGCUCGAUGCACUAUGUGGACGACGACGACUUGGUCACACUGCAAUCCAACCGUAACUAUUAUUCCGAAUUCUAAUUUGAAUGGUUUGAACUUUGACAUUGGCAUUGAACUCAACUUGAACUUGAUGUUGUGCAAACGGGAAAUCGAUCUUUGAUAGAUCCACACACAAAGUGCAAUUAAUUGUGAGCAUGAUACCGCCCCUCCCCCUCAUUCGAACUCGUUUUCUUUCUAUCGAAAAAAUAAUAAAAACGUUGAGAGUAUCUUGCAUUUUUACGUUUCCGCAUCACUUCCAGCAUGGUUCUUCUUCCUCGACGUACACACACACACACACACACACACUGAUGUUUUCUUUGCUGUGAUGCCGUGCUCUCUGACACCCAACCAACCAAGUGAUUUGUUUCUGAAUUGCAAACUAAUUUCUCGAGUGUGUCUGUCCACAUUUCAGUCUCAUGCGGCUCACGUCAAAUGCUCAUUCGUGUACCGUAUUCGCGCUCCACCGACUCCCGAAUAAUCUCUGUGAAUCAGGAAGCGCUCGCCGAGACUUUAGAAGAACCAUGUGAGGUUCGAAGUGCCAACGAGGAAAUUGGGCCGGAGAUUCCGGAUAUGGAACAAGUUCUGGUAACUGAUCGACCGGUAACUUACUUAUGAGCCGUUUUUGAAAGCCAAAGACAUUCUUUUUUCCAGCAAGUUUCUCUAAACGAAGGCGUACGAAAGAGCUCUCAAUGUAUUGAACUUCAAAAGCUGUUGCAAGCUCUGAAUGAUCUUAAUAAUGGUAAUGGUGAAGUCAUUUACUUUUAAAGCCAAAAAUAAACGCUCAGAAGUCCAAGCUCAAGACGGUCGAUGGAGUGAAGAAGCGCGAAGGCGAUAUUUGGAGUAUCAACGGAUCUGGAGCCGAUUCCGAACACCAAAACAUCAAUAACUCACUUUGUUUGUUUGUAUAAAGUUGUGUUUCAUCUUGAUUAUCAACUGGUACACGUGUUUCGAAAAUACCCACACUCCUUGAGUUAAUACAACUGGAAAAAUGGCAUUUUUGUCUACGGCGAUUUUGUUUUACAGAUUACUGUACCAUUCAUUAAAGGCGCAUGACGAAAUUUUUAAUUGAAGAAGUACGCAAGCAGCAAGCCACACGCGCCAACGGCGCCAAUUUUUUAAAUGUUGUUGUUGUUGUUGUUGUUGUUGUUGUUUGUUUACCUUUUUCGGCUUUUUGAAUUUACUUUACAAAGAUAAAUGUUUUUCAACGCGUUUCCUCCUAAUAAUUGUCAUUUUCAGCAAUAAUGGAUGCGGAAUUGGCAUUCGCCCUAAAAAUGGUGAAAAAUCAGUUGCUCAGCAGAAACGGCUCGUUCGCCAUUUCGCCUCUUGCAGUAGCCAUAACACUUCUACAAAUUAAUAUGAGAUGCGACCACACAACCGAAGAGGAAAUUGCAAGGUUUCUGGUGGGAACCUCCGACAUCGACAUAACAGCUCUGUCCGAGAAGUUCACCGAUGCUACGCUGCUCAACACAGAUCCGGCAAACGACAAAUUUCACUUUUCAACUCUUAUCGAAUUCUUCACCGAGUGAGUUGAUCUUUUCGAGCGGUUUCUUGCACGAAUAAAAAAUUCAUCAACGUUUUCCAGAGUCGGCAAUUCGCCACCGCCUGAAAUGCGAGUGACGGUCGCAUUUCAAGAGCACCUGGCCAUCAACCACUCGGUACGCACUCUCGGGCGACGCGAACUGCCGGAUGAUCUCGUGAAUUCCGUCGUCGUGAACAAGGUCACCUUCCGGAUGAGUCUCGACGACUACGCAGCAGAUCCGCCGAUUUGCGCGUACUCUCGCUUCAAUAUUUCAUUUCGUGCAAGGUGGCGAAAACCGCUCUAUCGCGAUGAGGAGAUCACCGAUUUUCGUGAGUCGACAACGACGUCGCGCCGAAUGCAGUUCAUGUGUCAAUCCGACACGUUGUUCUACGUGGAAGACGAACACUUCCGGGUGCUGCGCAUUCCGUACAUCAAACCGCAGCUCGCAUUGCACGUCUUCUUGCCGAAAGACGAAUUCAAAUUGGAACGGGAACUAGAGCAGUUGACGAGUACUAAGUUCCAGGAAUACAUACAGAACAAGGAGAAGCACCCCGUCAGGGUUCGUUUGCUUAACACAUUUCUCGACCAUCACUUCACAUUUCAACGCUUUUCAUUAAUUUUUUCAGUACUCUCUUCCCGAGUUCAACAUAGACGAAAGGAUUGAUCUGAAAAGCAUGCUAGAGACCCUCCAUCCAAACGUGGGCGUGUUCAUCGAGAGAUCCCAUCAUUUUUCGUUGUACCGCAAUCGAGACUGCUGGAUAUCGGAGAUGACACAGAAGAUUGAAGUUCAAGUAAAUCGGUCCAAAACUCGCGCAUCAACGCACCCGAACAGUGAGGACGAAGCGACGGAACAAGAACUGAAACAGUACGGAUUGAGGCCGACGCCCAACGUGAAGCUGUUCGUCGCCGAUCAGCCGUUCAUGUACGCGAUUGUCCUCCAGAACAAGUCGCCGCUGCUGGUCGGAGUGCACAAGUAA